AUAUUAUUCCAUUCAAAAUUCGGAAUUCGUCGUGUAAAAGUGUUUCGCUAAAAAUACACACAGCCGAAAGUCCCGCAGUGUGAUUUUCCAAAUUUUUUUUUUCAUUAUCACAAAACACAAAGUGUGUCUUAAUUUUAAUUAAUAAACAAUUGCAAUAAAUAAUGAGUGUUUCACAUAAUUUAGUAACAGAAAAUAAUUAUUCAACGAAAGAUAACUAUUGCUCCCAUUUCCUUCAAAUACCCCAAUCGUCACCAGCAGUAGAAGAGAUUCAAAAAUGGCGCUGUACAAAAAUGAACAACGGGGAACACGAACACGACGAACGUGAAUGUGAUUCGGAUUCGGUGUCGUCUGGUUUAGUUUCCCCACAACAACAACAAAUACCAACAACAACCACAACUGGAGAAGGAUGGUGUCGUCGUUUGAGUGAAAACAAUGAAGAACAAAAAACUCCCCAAAAAACCUUUUCAACGAAAUUAUCCGCCCAACAGCAGCAGCAAAUCCAUCCUCGGAUUUUUCGAACAUUUCUUGUGCGCUUGGCUGAGGAAUCUCCAAAAAGGAAUAAUUCCGCCGAUGAACUCUCCGACUCAUCGACCUAUGACAGCUUUAAUUGUCGUGAAACUGAUGUAUGUCGGGAUUCUAGUGAUACUGAAUCAAAUUCAUCAUUUUCAUCUGGAGAAAUUGGAGCCACCAUUAAAGUUGUUGAAUACGAAGUGGCAAGCGCAAGCAACAGUGAAGAUUUGUUUACAAACGAUUCUUCAAGUGGAACAGAUGAUUUUAUUUUAGCAGCGGUUGCUAGAGCUAUAUGCAACACAUCGAAAUGUUCAAGUGAUUUCGCUGAUACGGAGGAAGAUUCAACUGAUACCGAUACAACAUAUGACUCUGAGUUUAGCCUAGCAGAUUAUUGGGUGUGUGUAAAAUGCAAGAACAAGCAGAACAACCCCAUGUUCCGGUAUUGUGAAAAAUGUUAUCAGAUUCGGAAAACUCAUUUUCCACCUCGUCCGCGUCUUCGUAAAAGUAGAACAACGGUUAAGCAGCAAAGGUCUUCCCAGAAUUUUUCAUCCUUGAAACGGUCUGCAACAACUUCAGAAGUGGUCGAAUCGCUAACAAAAAAGCGAAAGCAAGAUGACAGCGCACCAGCUAACUCAUCAACAACACCAUCGUCUUCGUCAAGCAAUUCAUUGCCGAAUUCUUCAUCAGUCAUAACUUCUGGUAGGUUAGCAGUUGAAAGGUCACAUGACCAAUUUACAGCUGAAAACAGUAGCAGUGACGACGAUAACAAUGCAAGUCAUUUUAAAAAGAAAAUCAAUAAUAUUUCGGAAAAAAGAACUAUAUCUGAAGAGACCCAGAUUAGUAAAUAUUUAUCCAGUUCGACUGGAUUUCUUAGCAAAUUAAAUGUUCAAAAACCCGCCCAACACUUGCGAACGGCAGCAAAGAGAAAGUUGUCCAAAGCACCCUCAAAGUACAAAGCUUUAGCUAAAAGAAAAUGCUUCGGGCAUAAUUCAAUGCCCUCUUCCUCCAGUGGGUCUGAAAUUGAGACUGAUAUCGUUUUAAGUCAAACCAUGAGUACAAGCAAUACACAGAGUACUCAGAAAGAUUCUGGUUUCAGCUCGGCUCCUUCGAGCCAAGAAAGAAAGUCCUCCAGCGAGCAUCAGAAUGAAGAAGACGAAGAUGAAGAUUGUGUUUCCAACUGUGGCAGUAAUGAAGAGAAUUCAGACACUGUGUGUGAUGAAUUGAGCGAAAGUGAUGUUGCUGAAAUGUCACAAGAAAACAAUAAUUGCAUUCCUAGUACUCUUGAAUUUGAUUUAAACUCACAGGAAAAUUCUUUAGGUCGUCAUGCUUCGGAUAUUUCAUUGCAAACCAACACUGAGUCCCAUGCAAUAUCAACUUUAGUACAAAGCGUUUCUGAGUGUUCAGAUGCGUAUACGAAUAUACAAACAUCUAAUAUUUCUGAGAUUCCCGGAAUUUCUACAAUAGAAGAGAAACUUAGGUCUCAAAAACCCGUUCUGGGAGAUCCAUCGGAAAAUGGUAGUACUGAUUUUCAAAGCUAUGGCUCCUGCAUGACAUGUUUAACUGAACCUAAAAAUGGUGUUUUUGUGCACAGCAGAUUUUUACAUCUUUGCUGCUGCUACAAGUGUGCGGUAAAAAUUUGGAACAAAAACAAGAAAUGCCCAAUUUGUAAUUGUGCUGUUAAAAAUGUUAUGAAACUAUUUAUUCAUUAAAAAACAAAAAAUUAAAUUCUAGGUAUUUUGGGCCUCAAUAUCCAUUUGCAGUUAGUAAUAAUUUUGUGAGCUUUACGAUAUUUUCGUAGUGAAGGCUUGAAAUUGAUUCAUACAAUAAUUGUUUACACGCAAAACAAAAAUCUCACAUAACUCAUUCGGCUAAGAAUAUAAUUAUAUACGUAAACAGCCGGUUUUAAGUGGCAUACAUUAUUGGUAAAUUUGUUUCAAUUAAAACAAACUGCAUUUGUUGAUAUUGAAAUGGCACAAUAAAUAGUAAAUAUGUACAAAUACUGGGUCUCUAAGGUAAAUAUUGUUAA